CACGGCCCUUACAUUAAUCUGCUGCUGCAUUCCUCCUCCUCUCUCUCUCUCUCUCCUCACCUUGUGCUUUGCGAGCCUCCUCGUCCUCCUGCAUCUUCACUCCAGUUCGUCAGUCUCUACGACCCCUUUCUCUUCUGCUCCCGUGCCUGAAUCCUGAUCUUCUUUCCUUCCUCCCUCCCUUCCGGAUCUUGUAUCACUCAUCUCAGCUCGAUGGCUGAGGGCAAGCUUCAAAUUCCCGACGAUCUCAUCUCCAAACCUAGUGAUCAACCUUGGACUGACAAAGUUACUUCAGAUCAAGCAAUAUCGGAGAACGUCAUCCCUCUGUCUCCUCAGUGGCUUUAUGCUAAACCAAGUGAGAUAAAGAUGGAUGUAAAAGCACCAAGUUCUCUGUGUCUGGGAAACUCUGCUGAACCCAAUCAGAAGGAGGCUUGGCGUACAGAUGCUGCUCCUGAGGAGAAAAAGAAUUGGAGAAGAAUUGCAACUGAGACAGACACUAGCCGCCGCUGGCGCGAAGAAGAGAGGGAAACCGGAUUGCUUGGUAGAAGAGACCGUAGGAAGACUGAGCGUCGAGUUGACAGCCCUGCUGGAAGGGAAACUGCUGAAAACAAAUCUUUGCCUUCUUCUGAAAGAUGGAACGAUGUUGCUAGCCGUGGUUCUGGGCAGGAACCCAGGCGUGAUGGCAAGUGGUCAUCAAGGUGGGCACUUGAUGAGAAAAGUAAGGAACCUGUGAAUGAGAAGAAGGCAGAUGUAGAGAAGGAAGAUGCUUAUGCUGAUAAUCAGCCUAUAACAGGCAGUAACCGCGGAGUUAUAGAAAAUGAAUCAGAUUCUCGUGACAAGUGGAGGCCUCGCCAUAGAAUUGAGGCGAACACUACUGGCUCCGGCACCUAUCGCGCUGCACCUGGAUUUGGUGGAGAGAGAGGAAAGAUGGAUGAAGCUAAAAUGGGGUUUGGAUUAGGAAGAGGAAGAUCUACUGGGACAGCUCCGAGCUCUCAGGCAUUGGGUGCUGCUCCUUUUGAUAGAAACAAAGGAAUUCCUGGAACCCUAGGUUUUGCAACUAAUAUGUUUAUCUAUCCAAGGGGAAAGCUGCUUGAUAUUUAUCGCAUGCAAAAUGUGGAACGAUCUUUUGCUACUGAACCUGAAGAGAUGGAGGAUGCACCUCCCAUAACACAAAAUACUGUCCUCCAGCCAUUGGCUUUUCUGGCUCCACUUGAAGAGGAGGAGGCUAUCCUUGAUGAUAUAUUGAAAGGAAAAAUCACUAGCAGUGAGGCUAUAUACAAUUCAUUUACACCGAGCAGAUCAACAGAUAACAUUACAGAGAUGGGUGAAAUAGAAUCUAAUGACGGGAAACAUAAUUUUCUUUCUUCUACCAUGACUGAAGACAGUGACAAACUCCUUGACAUUACAAAGGGUAUUGCUCAUCUUCCUCACAAUCAUAGCACCUCAAACGAUUUGAAUCCUGGAGUGAUUUUGAUUGAUGACCUUGAAUCAGAAUAUAAAAUUCCUGAGGUUAACACCAGGAUUUAUCCCGACCAAUUGAUGCCGUUGUCUUCUAAUGCUGACAAAGCCUACAGAAGGCUUGAGAAUGGUGGUAUUGAUGUCAAGGCUUCUCUGCCGGAAAUCUUGGAUUCAUCUUCUAGUGGGCAUCCUUUCCACAAUGACUUUGUAUCUGCAGCUUCAGCUGAUGGAAAUGUGAAUCUUCCAGAUGAUUCAAAUGGUUUGUUUAUUUCAUCAUUAGCAUCUCAAAGUUGGGGAAACAACAACCUGCAUCAGAAAGAAACCAAUGUCAGUCAGUAUCAUUUGGCCAGCGGUUUGCAACCAGAAGAACUGAGUUUAUACUAUCUUGAUCCUCAAGGAGAAAUUCAGGGUCCAUUUCUAGGGGCUGACAUUAUCUCAUGGUAUGAGCAAGGUUUUUUUGCCACAGACUUACUAGUUCGUCUGGAAGAUGCUCCUGGAGACUCACCUUUCCAGGAAUUGGGUGAUAUCAUGCCACAUCUUAGAUUCACUGAUGGACAACACUCUAGCAUCAAUGAUUUACCAUCUAAAACUGAACAGCACGGAGCUCUGGAAAUGAAAGUAGGAACAUCCUUAUCUGACUCUGUUCCUAUAUCUGAAAUGGUUGAUCAGCACUGGCCAUUGUCUGGUCUUCCAGUUCAACAUCCUGGAUCAAGAAUACCCGAGAAUGAGGGUAGGUUUCAUCAUCUCCUACAUUCCGAAGAUCAGAAUUUUCAGGACAAUAUUUCUCACGAUGAAGAAACUAUGUUCCUAGGAAGAGCUGGGACUGGAAGUAGACCUCCUGUUAGUGGUGGAAAUGUCUUGCCUAAUAUGAUGGCCAAUCAUCCUUUUCCGUCUGAGUUUAGAGAAUCAGGCAUGGCUAACAGAAACGAUAGUACACUUCACCCAUUUGGGUUUUUGUUGUCUGAGCUAGAAGGCAAUAAUUAUGCAAGACGCGAUCAGCCGUCAAAUAUGAUGGAUCAUGUUGGUGUUAAUAACUAUAAUACAGCUGGAAGGGUCAGUCAAUUUGGAACCCACGAUCCAGCUCUAUCUCCAGCUCAAGCCCAAGUUCGUCAGAUUGACGCAUGGCCUGAUGCCAGAAGAAAUGCAGACACGGUUGAGUCUCGCAGGACAUCAAAUAUGAAUCAAGAUUCUAGGAUCUUCGAUACUAUGUUAUCCCAACAGAUGCAACAACACCAGAACCAUCAGCACAACAAUCUACUGCCGUCUCAGGUCCUCCAUGGGAAUGAAUCGGUUCUUGAACAAUUUCCAGUUCGGAAUUCUCUACACCAACAGCUGUCUGCGUCGGAUCUUGAACACCUCAUUGCAUUACAACAACUGCAACAGCAGCAACAACAACAACGUCAGAACCAUCUUCAACAGCGGCAACAGCUGCAACAACAGCAACAACAGCUCCAAUUGCAGCAAAUGUAUCUACAGAAGCAGUCGGAAGCUCGACAAGCUAUUCUUGAACAGCUGAUACAGGGUCGAAAUGAAGAUGCUCUUCGGAACAACAAUCCUCUAGAUCAGAUGUUAAUGAACCAGCAGGUCUUGCACGGGCUUCAACAGAAUUCGUUGUAUCCUCCUCCUACUCAUAGGCAGCAGCUCCAGCAGCAGCUGCAGCAGCAGCAUGUUGAUCCGUCGUCCCUUGAACAGAUUUUUCAAGCAGCGAAAUUUAAUCAAGUGCCUCGUCGAGGCGAUCUAAUGGAGCUCAUUUCACGCGGAAAGCAGCAGCAACAGCAGGGGCAUCAUCCUCUUGGACUUAGACAGCAGCAUAUGCAAUUGGAAGACAGACAAAUGAGUAACCCUAAUUUGGCUGGAGAUGAAUUGAAUCAAUAUCUUUGGAGUGUUGCUCAACAGCAGCAACAAAGACAGUUACCCGAGGAUCAGAUGAGUAGUCAGCUUGAACGUAAUCUUUCGAUGCGAGACCGUAUUCAGCGAGGUCCAUACGAGCAGCAGCCCUCUGGUUUACUUCAUCGUUCUAUGGAACAACCACCACUACCACAACAGCAACCGUAUAUGCAAAUGCAUUCUUCUGCUCGUCAACAAGACGAUUGGACAGAUUCCCACGUUCGUAUGUUGCACCAUAAUAACUCGGAGCUGCUGCAGAAAAGGGAGUCAGAAAGGAAUGUGGCUUCUGAAGACCUGAGUUCGUGGAUGUCUGCCGGAGCAACUGACGAUAGCUCGAAGAAUUUGCUUAUGGAACUGCUUCAACAGAAACAGGUCCGUCAAUCUACUACCCCUGAUCAACAACAACAAGUAGACCACCGAAGGGUGGGGGGUUUAGGUCAUUUAAUAAAUCAACCCAGCAAUAUGUUGCCAGAUCGAGUUGAAGGAGGCGGAAAUGGUUUGUUCCAGGUAGUAGGAGGAUCAGAACAGAAGAAGGACAAUGGAGUUGUUGUUGUUUCAGAUGCGGUGGUGGCGGAUAAGAAGCAACCGGUCAAAUACGAGAGUGACAGUAUUCAUUUCGAGCUUCAAGACAGCAUUGCUGCCGACCAAGCGGGGCUGCCAGCCGUAAUUAACCGCGGUGAAAUGUCGAGGCAUAAUUCUUCAUCAGCAUUUUCUGCCGGUGGUGUUAAAACUACUACUACUACAGAGGGUGUGGAAAAUCAAGAUUCGGUUGAAGUGGCGGUUAGGCCUUCUUCGGGGAGUAAGAACAACAACAACAAUGAGACUAGGUUGUUUAGAAGGACGUCGUCUUAUAGUACAGACGCGGAGACUUCAGAACCGUCGUUCAGCGACAUGCUGAAAAGUAACAACAGUAAGAAACAAAUACAAACACAGGUUGCGGCGGCGGACGAGGAUGUUGGAGGACAAAUGGGGAAAAGCGGGAAGAAGAAAGGAAAGAAAGGUAGGCAACUUGAUCCGGCCCUUCUUGGAUUUAAGGUUACAAGCAACCGUAUCAUGAUGGGUGAGAUACAAAGGAUAGAUGAUUAAUUAAAAACUACAAAUCAGUGAAACAAACAAACCAGCCUUUUUUUUCCUUUUUGUAAAAAGAAAUUAUACACCUCUUCCUCUUUGUUCCUCUUGAGAGAAAGUGAGCUUGUACCAUUUUUUCUUUUUGCUGUUAAGAGCUGUACAAUUUGUAGAUUCUUCUUUAAAGCUUUUUUAUUUGAUUCUUUUA